UUCUGGAGACUCAGUAGUUCCCCCAGCUAGGAAGAGUCAAUCUGGAGGAAUACCUUCCUGGGUUGAAUAAUGGAAAACAGUUCCCAAUCCUGCAGCCAACAGGCUCUUUGGAAAGAUGUGGAGGCUGGGAAGGAGAGGAAGGCCAGGUACCGCAGCUACCAAAGGGGGGCCGUAAUCCUGGGCCUGCUCCUCCUGACACUAACCCUGGGGGUUUUCAGCCUCAGGAGUCUCUGGAGCCCAAGUUUGGCAAAGGUGUAUGACCAUGAGUACAGGGCGGUGUUGGAUGGGGUGGAGACAGAAAGCGUCAUGGAGAUUGACCCCGCCCACCGCAUUGAGAUCUUCAAAAUGGGCAAUGGAAGCGAUGAGGUGCUCGAGGUCCAUGACUUUGAAAACGGAAUCACUGGGAUCCGGUUUGCCAAACAUCAGAGAUGCUACAUCAAGACCCAGACCAGGGAUGUUCCCAAAGUGACAGAGGGGAAGACGGAGGACACAGAGUUAUCGGUGGGAGAGACAGAGGGUCUCGUGCAGGUGGAUGACUCCCAGGUGUGGGUGCCAGCUGAGGAGCCCAUCGCCAACAGAGCCUUCCUCCUCAGCUCCAAGAUCUGGGAGAUCUGCCAGGAACUGCCCAUCCACUGGAUCCAUCCCUCCCCCAUGAGAGAAGCUGAGUUCCAUGAGGUGGAGGACGUGGACGACAUGUCAGAGACGGAUGUCAAAGUUCAACGUUUUGCCCGUGACGUCCUAGACCAGGCUCCAGUGAAUGACUAUAGGGACAUCGGACUGGAGCUGGAUAACCGCCUGGACGACCGAGGGUACUGCUGUCAGCACUGUCGCCGUGGUUACCGCUUCUGCCGACGCUACCAUGAGCCCCUGGGCGGCUUCAACCCUUACCCAUACUACUACCAAGGUGGACGUGUCAUCUGUCAAAUUGUUAUGCCCUGCAAUUGGUGGAUUGCCCGUAUGCUUGGGAGAAUCUGAUUGGCCUGUCCGUUGUCUGCAUUCUCCCAUGCUCCAGUUCUUAAUGGUGCUGUGCUCCUCGAGCUGUUGUACGAUAGCUAAACAUUUAUCACACAGUUAUUAUUCCAUCUCAAAGUCAGUAAAUUGACUGUCAGUCUGUCUUAAAAGUCUAAGGGAGUUAGGGAGCUGGAGGUUACACUUCAGAAGACAUCACAUUUGAAUGUUUAACUUGCCAUUUAAUCUUGCUUGUAUCCUUUUUGUGUGUCAUCUGUGCGCUGAAGAGCAAUUCCACAUUUUUCAAAGCUGUCAAGUAUAAAAACCAGUAUUGUGUAUAAAGACUUAUAAUUUGCCUUAUUUAGUUGCCUGUCUUUAAGUGAAUUAUCUUUUGUUUAGCCACAGUUAGCAUGUUUAUUUAGCAAUGUUUUGUCAUAUGUCUUGAACUGUAUUGACAAGGAAGAGUCAAUCAAGCCAUAAUAAAAACAGAGAUGUCCGCCUCUUCAAUCUGA